CUCCAUGGGAGAUUCCCGUCAGGAGGGACCUCCUCUCACAGGCAGGGGGCGACAUUCUUCACCCCCGCCCGGAGUUGUGGAAGCUUUGGGUGUGGCCUCUGAGGGGGCACAACUCAGAGCUUCUGGUCUCUCAGCCGAGGUUGUUGAGACCAUCCUCCAGUCCAGAGCUCCCUCAACGAGGAAACUGUAUGCCUUGAAGUGGAAACUUUUCACUUCCUGGUGCGGAGACCGCCGGCUCAAUCCUGUUCACUGCCCGGUUGGUACAGUGCUGGAGUUCUUGCAGGCCCGCCUCUCCGCGGGGCUGACCAACUCCACCUUGAAGGUGUACGUGGCGGCCAUUGCGGCCUACCACGCCCCUCUUGGUGGCCAGUCAGUGGGCAGGCACCCCCUGGUUACACGUUUCCUCCGCGGUGCGCUAAGGCUGAGGCCUCCAGUGCGAUCUCGGGUCCCUUCAUGGGACCUGGCCGUGGUUUUAGAGGCUCUUUGCAAACCCCCCUUCGAGCCUAUAGAGAAGAUUUCGGACCGUCUCUUGACGUUAAAAACUGCCUUUCUUUUGGCUAUUUCCUCUCUGAGGAGAGUGGGGGAUCUUCAGGCCCUCUCGGUGGCCCCUUCCUAUUUAGACUUUGUGCCCGGUUUGGCCAAAGCGUUCUUGUACCCCCGAGCGGGGUACGUACCGAAAGUCCCCUCCUCGGCGCCACGGCCAGUCGUGCUGCAGGCCUUCUGCCCUCCUCCCUUUCGGGAGCCCGACCAACGGAAGCUCAACUGUACGUGUCCAGUGCGAGCACUGGACGCGUACGUCCACAGAACUGCCCUGUGGAGGAAGGCGGACCAAUUGUUUGUAUGCUUUGGUCCCCCUAAGAGGGGUCGUCCUGCUACUAAGCAGACCCUCAGCCGGUGGAUCGUGGAAGCCAUUUCCCUGGCCUACGAGUCCUCUGGUCUCCCCUCGCCCCUGGGGGUCAAGGCUCAUUCGACCCGAGGUGUCGCGGCCUCGAAGGCCUUCUUGGCAGGUGUGUCCAUGCAGGACAUCUGCGACGCGGCGGGUUGGUCCACGCCCCUCACUUUUACCAGGUUCUAUGGCCUGGAUAUGCGAGCCACUCCUGGCUCUUCUGUCCUUUUGCCUUAGCUGUGCCUUUCCCACACUAGGCAGGGAUUUGUAAGUCUGGCGGCGUGGGCAUACUUGUUCCCAUAGCGUUUCGACGCAGCUCAAGUUCCUGAAGGGGAACGUCUCCAGGUUACGUAUGUAACCAUGGUUCCCCGAAGGGAACGAGACGCUGCGUCUCAGUGCCACACUUCCGGCAUCCCUGCCGCGCUUGCCUCAUUUCUUGAAAGCUAGCGCGGCGCAUGCCGCUCGGGCUUUUAUGCUUCCGGGUCGCUACGUCACGCCGCCCGUGAC